AUGGCCCUCCCAACCAAUUCAUCGGGUGGAGCGGUCCCGGAUCAGGUGACAGAGGAGUCGACCGUGAACAGCGAGCUUCGCGAACAGCGCUGCGGACCCGGCGACCGACCCUUCGUCUUCCCCACCGACGUCAAUGUCGACCUGCGUGUGCGCGAGUUGGGCCGCUUCAAGCUGAAGACCGGUACGGACGUUGGCGAUGGGGAAAGUUCCGCUUACGGUUCGCUGCUUUGGCGGAAUAUCUUUGGCGGCGCCGAGAUGCUGUCUCUCAACGCUAGCACCGGCACCCGCACUCGAUCGGCCUACAGUGCUACGUUCAGUGUCCCUGUGUUGAGCAAUCCAGACAGGGAUGUUCACUCUCUCGAGUAUUCCGGCAUGUGGAGGCAACUAACAGGGCUCUACGCUGGCGCGAGCCCCAGCGUCAGAGCCGAGGCUGGGGACUCGGUCAAGAGUUCAAUCCGGCAUUCUUUCCUCCGCGAUCGGCGUGACAAUCGCCACCUGCCGCAAGACGGGUAUGUCGUACGCUCAAAUCUGGAGUUUGCUGGCGUUGGACCCUUGGGCGGCGAUGUCGCGUUUGCUAAAGGUGAUGUGGAUGUUGGCGGCGCAAUCCCCAUAACAAUCCCCGGUGUCAGUGGCCCCAGCGGCAUCUCGCUUGGUGGCGGCCUCCGAUUUGGCAUGCUCUAUCCUCUUGCCCUAGGCAAUCCUUUUGGUGGAAAGAUUCAGCCCAGUCGCAUCCCAGACCGGUUUCAGCUCGGCGGGCCCAACGACGUUCGCGGGUUCAAGCUUGGUGGCCUUGGCCCGCAUGACGGCGCGGAUGCCGUUGGCGGAGACAUGUUCGCAGCGGGGAGUUUGAAUCUCCUCCUCCCCGUUCCCUACAAGGGCCCUGAAUCCGGCCUUCGCUUCCAGCUCUUCCUCAACGGUGGUCGGCUGGUAGCACUCAAGAAUAAGGGUAAGGGUCGCAAUACGGGUAGCCCCUUGCUCGAGCCUCAGACGGUCCGAGACGGCAUGGUUAAAGCUUUCAAGGAUAUCUGGUUUUCAGGCAUCCCGCCAAGCAUGGCGGCUGGCUUCGGACUCGUAUAUGGCCACCCGAUGGCACGCUUUGAACUAAAUUUCGGCCUUCCAUUAGCCAUGGCUAGGGGAGAACAGUGUACCAAAGGUCUUCAAUACCAAGACUUUCGCGAUUCCGAGCAAUCUAUCCGCCUUGCGUGGGCCCAGGAAAUCUUCUAG